AUGAGCGGCCUCAUCCUGAAAUCCGAGGUGCCGUGCGUGGUGUGUGGGGAUCGAGCGUCGGGCCGCCACUACGGCGUGCUGUCGUGCGACGGAUGCCGCGGCUUCUUCAAGCGCUCGAUCCGGCGGAACCUCGUCUACAGCUGCAAGGAGGGCGGCGCGUGCGUGGUGGACGUUGUGCGCCGGAAUCAGUGUCAGGCUUGCCGCUUUUCGAAAUGCCUGGAUAUGAAGAUGAAUCGGCACGCCGUCCAAAACGAGCGCUCCAUCUGCCCGCCGAAGCGGAAAAGCGGCGAUUUCCUGAUGGAAGAAGUCCCCUACACGAUGGUGACGGUGGCUACAAAUCUAACGAAAGAGCCGAAGAGCAAAGAGACAGGCUUCACCAUCCGUCAGCUGUUGUCGGUCGUAGGGACAUCCACCAUACCCCAAUCUGUCGCCCUGCUCGCGUCCGUCGUCCGCUGGUGCGCCGUCGUCCCGCCCAUCUCCCAGCUGAACGCCCAGGACAAGCGGGUGCUAUUUUACAACUCGUGGCACUCGCUCUUCCUUGCCCACAUCAUGCAGAAGACGGGCAAGACGACGCUGACCGAGCUGCCGGCCAAUGAACGGAUACGACUACUCGGCAAAACGGUGGCCGAUCUCGGGCUUAGCGCCCUCGAGCAGUGGACCAUCACGACGAUUAUCAUGUUUCGGGCUGGGACGCAGAUCACGCUGCGCGGCGAGUUCCUCGGCCACGAUGCCAACGACGUCGUCAUGCUGUUCAUCUGCGGCACCGAUUGCCUGCAUUCUGUAAAAGUCUUCAUCACGCAAGUCGGCCCCUUGGAAGAAUCGGCCGUUUGGGUGGACGAGACGAAGACGGUUCCCGGACGUGAGGCGAUCCGGAACGUCGCGCCGAGCCUCGACGACCGCGAUGCCCUCGGCCUCAGCAACGCGAAGAAGGCGGACAUCGGCCACUUGUCGAUGGAAUACCCAGAUGCUUCCAGUAACCUUCGAAUGGAGAGCUUCAGCCCGCAGCUCUACAUGCUCGAAUAUCAUCUCGACUCGAGCCUCGAUCAACUGCGCGCCGGGCUCGUCAACCUCGACCGCGAGAAGCUGAGCGAGGUGAAGAAGACGGAAGAAAUGCACAAGGCCAACCUGUACUCCCUGAUCUCGUGCGUCGACUCGUUGGCCGCCCUCCACGUCGAAUUGGCCGAGGCGAAGGAGACGGGCGAGUUCGCCGUCAUCAAGCAGAUUGCCACCCAGAUCAAAGACGCUCGCUCGGAAGCCGAGACAGUGUUCAAGGACGUGCUCGCCCGCAAGGACAAGGCCGAUUCGACGCGGAAUGCCCUCUCCGUGCUCACCCGCUUCAAAUUCAUCUUCUUCCUCAACAAGUCCAUCGACGAGAAUAUGGCCAAGGGCGAAUAUUCGACAAUUCUGAACGACUACAUGAGAGCCCGAUCUUUAGUGGCGGAGACGGACGUGCCGUUGUUUAAAGAAGUGAUGGCCGGUGUCGACAAAAAGAUGGCGCACUUCAAGAAAGAUCUGACGACCCGCCUCAUCGACUCUCAGCUCAACUACGAGGAGCAGAGCAAGAUGAUCAAGUAUUUGAAGAUCCUCGACCCGGACUCGGAUCCUCUAUGGCACUGCAUCACCUCUUCGCACCAACACCUCGACACGAUUCUCUGGAAUCUCCAGAAGAAUCACCACGAAAAAGCAAUGGCCGACGAGAAGCAGCGAAGUAACGGCCGUUUCUUGAUUGUCGAGACGAACCAUCGGCAAGUAUUCAUCACGGAAACCGUCUCGAACUUGAUGGCCAAGCUGCAGCGCUUCUGGAAACUCGUGACGAACUACACGAGCAGCGACGAUCGCUCGGCCCAGACCCACGAGGAUGUCAAUCAAAUGCUAAUCGGUACGAUCAACGUCUCCUCUUGGCUCCUGCUCAACGCGCUCGUGCCCGACUCGUUGCCGGACGAGGCGCUACGGGGCCUCGUCUCAUUCCUGCUGGAGUGCCAGUUCACCUCGCAACACGUGCAGCCCUUGACGGAGUUGUGUAUGACGGUCCGACUGAAGGCCGUCUCCAACAUUGUCGACAAGGGCGUUAAUGCCAUCGCCGACCUGUCGAAGAAAGAGAACUGGCAGCAGCGCGAGUUCAUCUCCAAGGGCGUCUGCAAGACGGGGCUGCCGGAUUUGUUCGAAAAUGAGAUUUGCGAGUGUAUCUCAGCGGCUCGCGACGUACUCUCUUCAAAUGGAUACCCCGGCGAAACGGAUCUUUUUGGGCGUGAGGCCUUCCGGCGCAGCAUCAUCGACGUGUUCGCCGGAUUGAUCGUGUCGGUGCGCGGCUGCUUCAACACGUUGCUCGACCUGAAGGGCGACCGGCGGCCCAACCAGCUCGACCUCGACGGCAAGGAGAACCGACAGCAAGAGGGCGAAAGAAGGGGCCAGAUGACGAUCAAGAAGUUGUUGAUCUCGAUCUGCAAUGUCGAAUACAUUGCCGACACGUCGCUGAAGAAUAUUGGGCGCCGAAUGGAGGAGAACGGCGUCAAAUACGCCGAUGUUAUACUCGAGAACGCGCGAUCUCGGCUGAUGGAAUACCGACAGCGCCUCGUCUCCAUCUACAACCAAAUCAAAUGCGCCAACUUCCAGACGCUCAUCCGGUCCGCCAACUACGACUAUCUGCCGGAUGAAGACAUCUCCGAUUUCGCGAAGGAGAUCAUCAUGUGCUGCGUGUUGGAGCAGGCCGAGCUCGAGGUGAACGCGCCGCAACUAACGCAAGAAUGCCUGCAGCACGCCGUGCAGUACGCCUUCCAGCAGCUGAUCAUGCAUCUGAAAGACCACCCGCCUCGGGACGUGGACUCGACGACGCAGUGCGUCAUCGACAUGUCCGGGCUGGAGCAGGCGCUCGGACCAUUUCUCAGCCUCGACACGCGCACCAUUCUCAACGCCCACCGCGCCCAGCUCGUCGAACAUUUGGAUCAGGGAAAACUGCAACGAUGCAUGAACAACCUGCGCGAUUCGCUGCGGAUCGCCCUCGAAAGUCUGGAGGCCAGCGGCCGCGACGACCUCAACGCGUCUAACAUU